GGUCUACUUAAUAUGAACACAUUCGAGACAACCGACGAGGACAAGGUCGAGUUCAAAGACCAAGGAGAAUCCAACAAUAAAAAGCGAAAAAUAGGUCCAAAUUCCACUGAUGCAGAUACAGUGGCAUCAGGUACUUCGGAGAAUGGUAACACUCUAGAUGCGAAUAGAGCGCGAAUGGAGAGUACACGACCAUCAACAAUAUUUGGUAACAAACCGAUGAACGACACCGUUCAAUAUGUUGCAAAUUUCCUAUGGCGGUAUUGCGAUCAAGAUAAUAUUGAGAUCGAAGCAAAGCUCGGCACUAUAAUAGAUAAUAGAACGAGGCAAAGGUUGUCUUUGCCUGUUGGUACCGAGACUGUAAUCCUACCAGACUCUGAUCUCCGAACUCGCUUCAAGAGCGAUAUGAGUCUCAAUCAACAUAAAAUGUAUAACCAGAUGCUCAACGAUAUGGUUCAAAAGCCACCAGAGGGAUGCCGCGUGAAAUACAAACACACCAGAGAAAGGGAUAGAUUUUUCAAGCUAUCAGACGGAAGAAAAAUACGAGUAACAACUGAUCAACAAUCUGGAGAGAUUGUACCAAAUGGUGUCUUGGAAAAAACAAGAAUUGCGGAUUUGAAUAUAUACUCGCCUAAUCAAGCUUUUGACUACAGAAUCUCUGUGAGUAUUGAAAAUCCAGCGUCAAUACCCGGUGGCAACCAUAUGUACGAACGUAAUAAAGACAGACUCUCAUACUCUCAUGGAAACAUCCAAUUUGAUCUAACUCAAGUGAAAUCACCGGACACCUCUGGUCAGCAAGAUGUUACUCAUGAACUCGAACUUGAAUUUAUAGACACCCGAAUAUUAGCGGCUGAGAAGAGGAAGCAGGCUCAAGGCGAGGCAUCCGAAUUUGCAUCAAUGGUAGAAGUAUUUUUAGACAAUGCCAGAAUUUUAAGUAAACGAGGAGGACGUGCUUGACAUUCGGCUGCACUUUCCUAACUGCAAUGGUUUCGUCAUAAUGCGCUCAUUACUGUGACUGGUCCGAAAUUUAUAUAAAAUGACGCUCUUUAUCCCACAUUCAAUGUACAUACUUAUAA